UUUUCAAAUAAUAACGACGAAAAUACCGGGUUCGGUGCAUUGCUAAUGUUGAUUACGAUUUAUGAGAUAAAUAAAUAAAAGAAAUAUGCAUGUGUAUAAGUGAAGUCGAUUUUGGUACAGUCAAUUAACAAUGGAGCCUUCUAAAGAAGCGAUAGCAGUUCGCAUUACGCGUAUAAACCGUCUGAUUCUGGGAAAGGUAACAGGUGGGAGUACUAGGUUCAGUAGGAAAACAAUAGAUCGCGAAGCACUAUUGGAUGCCCUCACAGUUCUCUACGAUGAAUGUAAUGAUGACCCGGUCAAGAAGAGUGAUGACUUGGUUAAAGCCUUUUUGGACAAGUAUCGGAGUACAUUGGCAGAGCUGCGCAGGACCCGGGUAUGCAUAUCAGACUUUGAUAUGCUGCAGACUAUUGGACGAGGACACUUUGGAGAAGUUCAUAUGGUCCGGGAGAAGCAAACAAGUGAUGUGUAUGCUAUGAAGACACUCCGCAAGGAACAAUCGCGUAAGCGAGCCGAUGAGGAACGAGAUGUGCUUGCCACAGCCACUGGACCAUGGAUACCCAAGCUGCAAUAUGCUUUCCAAGACAGUAGCAACCUGUACUUAGUGAUGGAGCUGUGUUGCGGCGGCGACCUGGCGGGGCUGAUGGCACGGCGCGCGCAUCCACUGCCCGAGAGAGACGCAGCAUUCUAUAUCGCUGAGAUUGCACACGCACUGAAAGCUCUGCACGGCAUGGGAUAUGUGCAUAGAGAUGUCAAGCCACAUAACAUACUGCUUGAUAGGUGCGGUCAUGUGAAGCUGGGUGACUUUGGGUCGUCAGCGCGCCUGUCGGAGGGCGGGUGCGCCGGCGUGGCGGUGGGCACGGCGGACUACAUGGCGCCGGAGCUGCUGGCGGCGGCGGACUGCGCGGCCCACGCUGUGUGUCUCCAGUACUGCGCCAGGCUCGUUACCACUGCCAUUUCGUCGUGCGACUACUGGUCGCUGGGAGUGAUCGCCUUCGAGCUGGUCACGCUGCGGCGCCCGUUCUCUACGGGAGAGGAAGACUCCAUUGCAGAAAUACUGAGCAAUAUACAAAAAUACGAGCGCGACUCGAGCCCCCAGUUACCGUGGGCCGGGCCGCCGGCGGGCCCGUCCCGCGAGUGGCGCGGCCUGGUGGCGGGGCUCCUGCGUGUACUGCCGUCCAAGCGAUACUCCUACCUCGACACGCUGCAACACGCUGCACUGGCACAUAUGCCUGCUCACAAUAUCAGAGAUCAGGCGCCCCCGUGGGUGCCGUGCGUGCGCGGCGCGGAGGACGCGUCGUACUUCAGUGCGCCGGCGCGCGCCCCGCCGCCGCCCAGCGCCGCGCCCUUCCGGACACGGCCUCCCUUCGCGGGACAACUGCCUUUUGUCGGAUACUCGUUCGUGGCUCCCGAGGAGAACGAGGACCACAGUGGAGGGUUCAACGCCUCGCAUGACUGUACAGCCAUCGAUCUCGCUACCUUUAAGUCGGCAGAGAAGCUCGCGGCGAUGCGCAGUCGUGAGAUCUCGUCGUUGCAGACAAAGCUGGCGGAGGCCGAGGCACUGGCCGGGGCCACCGCCGAGCGGAUCCGACACGAGGCCGAGGCCGAGGCAGAGAGACAACGCGUGCGGCUGCAGGCCGAGAUCACUGCGCUUAGUUUGCAGAACAAACGCCUGGAGCGCCAGGUGGAGGUGGAGCGCGAGGAGCGCAUGUCCCUGCAGCGCUCCAACCAACAGCUGUCAGCGGCCGCGGCCGAGCGGGGCAACACAGAGCUGCGCAAUGCGCGCGCCGCCGCUGCAGCGCUGCAGGCGGAGCGCGACGUGCUGCUCGACCAGCUGCAGCGGCUGGACGCGCGCGUGCUGCAGCUGCAGGCCGACUGCCAGCGCGCCGCCGCGGACGCCGACACCGCCAGGGCACAACAACAACACUACAAGGACUCGAUAGCCAAAGAGCGAGCCAUUCGUCGUCAGACAUUGAGCGGUGGUGAGGCGGAGUCUCGCGAGGCGGCGGCGCGUAUUGCCACCGCCGAGGCUAAUGCUGCCAAGGAACUGCGCGCCAGGCAGGCCAUGGAGGCCAAGCUGGAGAAAAUAGAACAUGAGAAUAGACGAUUUAGAGACGAACUCGACGAGGCCAACAGGAACCUGGCCGAUACACAGGAACGGCUGUGUGAGAAGCAACGUAUGGCCAGUACAUCCUCGGAGCAAAUGCAGGAGCUACAAGUACAGCUCGCACAGGAACGAGUGAGGGCUUCUACGCUACUCGCACAAGUACAGGAGUUGGAGCGUAGCGUGGAGGAGUCGGUCCGGCGCGAGUCCGCGCUGGAGGAGCAGUGCGCGCGGACGGAGGCGCGGCUCGCCGAGCGCCUGCAGGACGCCGACCGCCGCGCCGCCGCCGCGCUGCGGGACGACGCCAGGCAUCGGGAGAAGGUGAACACCCUAGAACAGUUAGUGAGACAGCUAGAGAGGGAAGUGAGUGCGUUAGAGAAGCGAUCCUGUACAGCAUGCGCGGCCGCCGCGUCCAGCUCCGCGCAGCCCGAGAGCGAGCGCGGGCAUCACGCACCCGGCCACAAGGGGGACGCCAGGAGGGACGCGCACAGUGACACUGAGAGCGUCGGAGAUGCUCAGGCGCAAGCACAGCUUUCCCUGCUCAAGGAACAGCUCGAAAAGGCCGAAGCUCAAUUACAGGCGCGUGCUGAAGAAAUAGCGACUCUACGUCAAGAGGCGAGAGCUGCUAAUCUAGCGAGAUGGAGAAAGGAGCGCGAGUACAACGAAUUAUCAGUAGAAACAAAGUCGACGGCUCGCGACCUAAAGCGCGCUGAGGAACGGUUGACUAACGCCAUCGAGGCACGUAAGACCGCGGAGCAGAAAGCCGGCGAGCUCGCCACUGAACUCGCCAAGCUGCGGCCGGAACAUGAGCUCGCCACGAAGGACGCGGAGCGACUCAAGAUGCAACUGGAAAAGCUUACAAAGGCACAUGAAGUGGUACAGGCUGAAGUUGACAGGUCCCGCAACGACAUCCGCAAGUUGAAGAGUGAGCUGCAGUACAGUGAGCGCCGCAGACUGCACGCCGAGGAACAGGAGGAACUCUCCGCGCGGGAGCGGGCGCAGCUCAGGGACGAACUGCACGGACUCAGGGGACACACCGAGGAGCUCGCACAGGUUCGUGUAUUACUCCGAGCCUGUCGUGAGCGGACGAUGGAGUCGCUCCCGCCGCGGUACAAGCGCAAGAGUAUAGAGAAGCCGCCCGUGCGGCCCAAGCCGGCGUACCUGCGGACACUGUUCGGGGGCGCGGGCGGGGGCGCGGCGCGGCGGGGGCGCGAGGGCGGCUGGGCGCGCCGCGUGCGCCUGGCGCUGGCCGCCGACCUGCUGCAGGGCCGCUGCCGCGCCGCCGACACCGCCAUCACCGCCAUCAACAGGCACUUCGUCACGACACACACACCACGCGCACGCGCUGCAACUACAGGCCACGCUACACGACGUGCAGGUACACACACACACACACACCACGCGCACGCGCUGCAACUACAGGCCACGCUACACGACGUGCAGGAGGAGUUGGCAGCCGCGCGCGAGGCAGCGGAAGCGGCCGAGGCGUGGUGGCGCACUCGAGAGACCAAGGCAGACGCCACGCUGCGGCAACAGGCCAAGCUCAUCGACUUCCUGCAGGCCAAAGUAGAGGAGGCUGGUCGUAAGAAGUGUUCACUGAGCAACAAGUUGUUCGGUCGGUCGGGGCGCAGGCCUGCAGCCUCGCCGCCACUGCGGAGGGCUAACAGAGAAUUACGUGAAGAAGUGGAGAGGUUGCGCGCUAAACUGGCAGCUUGCAAUUCUGGCGGUGGUGGGGGCGGUGAUGCCAGUUAUCCCUCAACGCCUAAGCGUGAGAAACCGAAACCUGUUGUUAAUGGAGCGAAGAAAAGUAUUGACUCACCCGAUGGAUCUCAAGAUAAAGGAUUGCUGAUCGUAUGGGCGGACGGCAGUCGCGAGCGCAUGCGCGCGCGCGUGGCGGACGACUGGCUCGUGCUCUGCAGCGGCAGCAGGGAGCUGCGCGGACGGCUCGCCACCACCGAGCCCAAGAACUUGCCGCACAACGAGGCCAACCGGGCCUUUGUGUCGGCGCUGCGCCGCGCGCCCGACCUGCGCGCCGCGCUGCCCGCCACGCCCGUGCCGCUGCCGGACUCCGCGCCGCCGCAUCUACUCAAGGGCAUCAACAACGAUUCCAUCGAAGGUCCGUGCGCAGCGGUAGCGUGCGGUCGGCGCGUGUUCUUGCUCCGGUACGAGGCCGCCUCCUCCGAGUUCAAGAUCGCUCGCUCCCUGACUGUAGACCGGCCGGCCAACUCCUUGCUACUUACUACCAAGACUUUGUACAUCGCGGGAGAAAAGCCGCUCAAACUGAACCUACCAUCCGGUGCCCUGGAGGCCUUCGGUAUGGACGAACCCACUAUCGCCGCCGCCGCUAAGAAACAUUCUCCUCCGAAAGCGUUCUUACUCAUCAAAGAGAAACCUACUGAGAUCCUCCUCUGCUAUGCAGAGUGUGGAGUGUUCGUCGACGAGAAUGGAAAGCGAACUCGUAAUGAAGAUCCCAAGUGGAGCACAGCCGUGUACAGCUGGGAGUUUGUGAACCCCUUCCUGUAUGUGAUAGGAGAUGACAAAGUGACUAUAGUGUACUUGAACGACGACGCGUACAGGACGCCGCCGUGCACUUGUGAUACCGCCUCUCUUGCCUCGACGGCGUCCGACUGUUACUUGCCUGAAAUAUUCACAUUGAAACUAAAGGAGCCCGUGUUGCUAGGCACUGCACCCAACGGUAUAAUAAUACGCUCCAAAUCAGAUAACGGGUACAACGUCUCUAUUAUAGAGGGUAUGACUGCGUUCAGGAGUGUCGGGGCGUCCGUGGAGUCUCUAGCCAGUAUAUCGGACACGCGCGGCUCCACCACGGACCUGGCGCAGUCGCUGACCGACGGCACGCCGCAGGACGUGUCGCAGGAGAGCGUCGAGGUCACCACGGGCUUCCUCGCUGACAUCAGAAAACGAGCGCGACAACUACGGAACAAGCAUCGUAAGGAGCAAACACCCGAUGACGUCAUCAAAGAAAUAUUGACAACGGAGGUCGAUCUAAAACGUACAACGAAUGGAAGGAAAUCUCCUGCCACUAUUUCAGAAUUUGACUCUGACACAGAAUCAGAAAACAGCGAGGCAAAGUCAGACUCCCCGAAAGGGCCGGCGGACUUGUGCGCUGAAAUGUUCACGAGACAAGUACGAUUCCAGUCAUAACUAUAUAUUGCCAGUGCUGUCUAGCUUCAGAGAGUAGUGAGUCUGAUUAUACAGUCGUAUAUUAGCUAUAUAAUAUGUUACUUGUAUGAUACAGAGGACAUUUCUAGUACCUGAGUGAUACGACGUUCCAGUGCAGGGGAGUAGUCAGAUUAGUAGAUCUAAUGUUUGUAAUUUUAGUAGUAUUUCGUAUUGUUAGGCGUUAAUAAGUUUGAUAGGUAAUAUUAUUUAUACCAUGCCUUAGCAGCUUAGUUUUACUUUGGAGCGAUAACCGUAUUAGCAUAUUAAUUAUGUCGUACUGAUAGUAUGUACAUUUUAUUUAUUACGUAAUUUAAAUUGAUUUGUACGGUAAGAUACAGGGUGCUGAUUCUCUUUUACACCAACUAAACUACGUAUUGUGAAUAUUGGAACUCCUAGAAUUUAAGUUACCUUUAUAUUCGAUUUAUUAUGUACUUAUGACUUAACUCGUUGAGUACCGUCAUUAUAGACACAAUUAAAGAACGAUAGGUUGCGGUCACCGGUGACCGCGCGGUGUUUGACAGUUUAAACUAGAUUUAAACACUUAAUUCUCCGUCAUGAAGAGAAUAUAAAUUGUUGCUACAUCUUUCUAGUAGAUCUAGAUAGCAAGCAAACGGUAACAACUUGUUGGAAAUAGAAGAGUAUCAGCUCCGUUAGGUGGUUGAUGUAGCUGAAUGUGGAUGUUUUGUAUGGGUUUAUAAUAAGUAUGGAAAUGUAUUUUAUAAUAACUACUGGAUUGUCUACUUAUUUUUACUGUGAUUUUAUAAACUGACUUGAUUUCUGUUUAGAAUAGUUUUAAUGUAAGUGAUCUUUGUUUACGUUCUUUGACAUGUUAAAAUAUAUAUUUUUGUAAUGUA